AGCCUGUGGGGCGGCCGCCACGGGGACGGGGCGGGGCGGCCGGGCCGCGGGCAGGGUGCGGGGCCCGCCCCGCCUCGGCCGGGGUGGAUGAAGUGAGGGGCUUGGACCGGGUGGCUCCGAGGGGCCCUCCUGUACUUGAUAGGCUUCGCUUAGUCCUGGCAGCUGGCGACACAGAUCCGACACAGAGCUUCUUCCCCGGGAGGCAGGUGUUGGGUGUCUUUGGGGUCCCGGAGGAAACCGGAGAAGAGCUCUAACUGCUCCCCCAAGGGAGGCCUCAGGGUCUGUCCUGGAAGCGCAGGUGGCAGCCAGUGUUUUGGGGGCCAACCUUGUCCUCUUCCUCUAUCGGGUACCCGAGACAGCGCUAGGCUGCGGAGACUCGCCCCUCCGCGGUUUCUCCCCCGCACUCUUUGUUCAGGGGCCUAGUCUUCCUGAGAAAUGAGCGCUCGAGUCAGAGCAUAGUAACCUCGUUUCCCAGGACCACAAAGCUGGGAGUCAAACCUAGGAUUUAAACGUUGAGAUCGAAGGCUUCUUUGACUAGAUGUAAAGUUGUUAUGCCGAGAAGCGCCCGUUGAGCCAGGGAAAGACCUUUGAGAUCCAGAUUUGAGGCUUAUUUACAUUUGGCCUAUUCCCAUACCAAUUCAUAAAGUGUUCUGUGUUAGCUGCCAUCGUCCAAACUAAACACUGAGCCCAACGACACCCUUCUUUGGGCACUCUUCACGCAGUCUGUAUUUGGCCCAGCAUCUCUUGAAAGGUUCCCUCCUUUACCUCAUUUAGAGAAAUCAGAUAGGUUUUUCUUGCUUAAUUCGUUAACAACUCCCUUAGUUAUAACCACAUCACAUGAAGACUGGAUGUAAUUAGAACUUGUCAAAUGUGCUUAAGUCCCAGUUCCACUGUACUCCUGACCUUAAGCAAGUUGCUUGACCUCCCUAAGCCUGUGUAUUCUAUGUAUAACACGAAAGCUUUGAAAUAGGCCGUCUUUCAGGCUUAUUCCUGUUUAAAAUGUUUGUGAAUUCCAUGACCCACCACUCCCCUUUUUCCACUCUUCACCUUUUAACCCCAUUCUCCCACUCUCCGGAGGAAUGGCAUUGAGAGUAGAAGGUGGGCAUCCCAUUCACUGAAACAGCCUGGUUUGAAAAAGAUGGUAGUCUCUGAAUUCUCCCUUCCCUGGACAAGAAAAACUUCCUCUGAACUACCUUUUUCUCCUUGUGGUAACAGCAGAAACUGAGCAGCAACAGCCCUUGGAGAGAGGCUGUUUUUCUUGACUUCUGCAGUGACAAAGACCUUGAGAAAGUUGGUACUUUGGGCCUACGCUGCCAUCAUCCUACCACCCAGCCCAAGACAGCCCAGGCUGGACAUUAGUGCCUCCCUCUUUAUUCCUCUGUGAUCAUCUAGAUCAGCACCUGACUGUUUAUUUUCACAUCUCACAAACCCAGCCCCCAGAUCUUCAUAUUCUGGUUUCAGCUGCUCUUGAAGGACGGUGACUUGUUACUACCACAACGGCAGAGCUUGCCAUCCCUAGCAAAUCUCCAGUCAUCCCCUGACAUCACCUCCUCCCUUGUUUCCCUUUGUGGCCUCCUAAAUGCCCAUCUCGCUGGCCUGGGUUCAGCUGGUGGUAUGGAGGGGUGCUGCCUAGCACUGAUCUGGGAGUGUGUGUGACCCACUGCUCCAAUGCUGCCAGAGCCUCACUCAUCAUACCAACACUUAAGAAGGCCAAAAUUCCCUGCUGUUUUCCUCCAUCCCACCAAGUCAGAGCUAGGCCAUGGAUAUGACCAGAUUCAGGAAGAGACUGAGAUGCUCCCAAAGGGACAUCAAAGGUCAGUUCUGGAAUGAUGAUGAUUCGGAGGGAGAUAAUGAAUCAGAGGAAUUUCUCUAUGGAGUUCAGGGGAGCUGUGCAGCUGACCUGUAUCGACACCCACAGCUUGAUGCAGACAUUGAAGCCGUGAAGGAGAUCUACAGUGAGAACUCUGUAUCCAUCAGAGAAUAUGGAACUAUCGAUGACGUGGACAUUGACCUCCACAUCAACAUCAGCUUCCUCGAUGAGGAAGUCUCUACAGCCUGGAAGGUCCUGCGGACAGAACCUAUUGUGUUGAGGCUGCGAUUUUCUCUCUCCCAGUACCUUGAUGGACCAGAACCAUCAAUUGAGGUUUUCCAGCCAUCGAAUAAGGAAGGGUUUGGCCUGGGUCUUCAGUUGAAAAAGAUCCUGGGUAUGUUCACAUCCCAACAAUGGAAACAUCUCAGCAACGAUUUCUUGAAGACCCAACAAGAGAAGAGACACAGUUGGUUCAAGGCAAGUGGUACCAUCAAGAAGUUCCGAGCUGGCCUCAGCAUCUUCUCACCCAUCCCCAAGUCUCCCAGUUUCCCUAUCAUACAGGACUCCAUGCUGAAAGGCAAACUGGGCGUACCAGAGCUUCGGGUUGGGCGCCUCAUGAACCGUUCCAUCUCCUGCACCAUGAAGAACCCCAAAGUGGAAGUGUUUGGCUACCCUCCAAGCCCCCAGGCAGGUCUCCUGUGCCCCCAGCACGUGGGCCUCCCUCCCCCAGCACGGACCUCUCCUUUGGUCAGUGGUCACUGCAAGAACAUCCCCACUCUGGAAUAUGGAUUCCUUGUCCAGAUCAUGAAGUAUGCAGAGCAGAGGAUUCCUACAUUGAAUGAGUACUGUGUGGUGUGUGAUGAGCAGCAUGUCUUCCAGAAUGGGUCCAUGCUCAAGCCAGCCGUCUGUACUCGUGAACUGUGUGUUUUCUCCUUCUACACACUGGGAGUCAUGUCUGGAGCUGCAGAGGAGGUGGCCACUGGAGCAGAGGUGGUGGAUCUGCUGGUGGCCAUGUGUCGGGCAGCUUUGGAGUCCCCUAGAAAGAGCAUCAUCUUUGAGCCUUAUCCUUCUGUGGUGGACCCCACUGAUCCCAAGACUCUGGCCUUUAACCCUAAGAAGAAGAAUUAUGAGCGACUUCAGAAAGCUCUGGAUAGUGUGAUGUCCAUCAGGGAGAUGACCCAGGGCUCAUAUCUGGAAAUCAAGAAGCAGAUGGACAAGCUGGAUCCCCUGGCGCAUCCUCUCCUGCAGUGGAUCAUCUCUAGCAACAGGUCACAUAUUGUCAAACUACCUCUCAGCAGGCUGAAGUUCAUGCACACCUCACACCAGUUCCUCCUGCUGAGCAGCCCUCCUGCCAAGGAGGCUCGGUUCCGGACCGCCAAGAAGCUCUACGGCAGCACGUUUGCCUUCCAUGGGUCCCACAUUGAGAACUGGCACUCGAUCCUUCGCAAUGGGCUGGUCAAUGCAUCCUACACCAAACUGCAGCUGCAUGGAGCAGCCUAUGGCAAAGGCAUCUACCUGAGCCCCAUCUCCAGUAUUUCCUUUGGAUACUCAGGAAUGGGAAAAGGACAGCACAGGAUGCCCUCCAAGGAUGAGCUGGUCCAGAGAUAUAACAGGAUGAAUACCAUCCCCCAGACCCGAUCCAUUCAGUCGAGGUUCCUGCAGAGUCGGAAUCUAAACUGUAUAGCACUUUGCGAAGUGAUUACAUCUAAGGACCUCCAGAAGCAUGGGAACAUCUGGGUGUGCCCUGUGUCCGACCAUGUCUGCACACGGUUCUUUUUUGUAUAUGAGGAUGGUCAGGUGGGUGAUGCCAACAUUAAUACUCAGGACCCCAAGAUACAGAAGGAAAUCAUGCGUGUGAUCGGAACUCAGGUUUACACAAACUGAGGGGGCCCCAGCCCUCGUACCACCCCUGUUCCCUCAGGAUCCAUCUGCCCUCAUACAAGGGGUCAGGAGCAGCCAGCAAGGCUGUGCUGAGGAAUCAAAGGGCCAUUACCAAGGGGCAGGAAAAGGAUACAAGAGGCAACCUUCAUGGUGGAGACUGACCCAGGAACUGCUCCACAUUUGGAUGGCCCAAACUGACUCCCUACCCCUCAUUUUCCCAAUUGACUUCACCCUGUUUGUAAAUAAAACAAUAAAAUGGAAGGUGCUGUGGACUGGA